CAAGAAGUUCUAAAGAUGGCGGACGGAGAGUAGAAAAGGGGCAGGGUAAGUUCAGGGAACUGCAAACCAUCAAAGUUACAUCAUUCAUUUCUGCAAAAACCAGCUUUAAAGUGAAAGUAAGAAACACUGAAAAACAAUUCAUCAGAAAACUUGACAUUUUAAAACGUUGUGAAAUAGAUUUUCUUAGACCUUAACAAGAGCAGAUUGGUCAGAAGGAGGUGUGCGUUACUCCGUAAGUUUGGUUGCCAUGGCAACUCUGGAGCACACGAUCGCGUCGCACGCGAGCGACGUGAACUGGGUGGCGUUCUCGAGCACGGUUCUGGCGUCGUGCUCGGGGGACAAGACGGUGCGACUGUGGGAGGUGGGCACGUGGGCGGAGCUGCCCUGCUCGCCGCUCCUGGGACACAGCUACCCCGUACACUGCUGCUGCUUCAGCUCUUUCGGUACCCAGCUGGCCACCUGUAGCACGGACGGUACCAUUAAUCUGUGGGGGUCGAAGUCUGGUCAGCGCCUGACGACCCUGGCCCACCCCAGGAAUAAUGGUAUGCGCACGGUCUCCUUUUCCCCGGACUCCAACGUGCUGGUCGCUGGCAGUGUGGAUGGAACGCUGGUGCUGUGGGACGCGUACACGAAGGAGAUGCUCAGCCCACAGGGUUUAGGACCCCCUGGCCCUCCAGUUGUUAUAGAGGCCCACGACACCUCCAUCUGUGCCUGUGCGUUCACGCCGGAUGGGAACUUCCUCCUGUCUGGGUCCAUGGAGGGCAACAUGAAGCUGUGGGACGGUCGCUAUGGCAACAACAAGUGCCUGUACUACCUGGCAGAAGGUCAUGACCUUGGGGUGACCUGCUGUGUCUUUUCUCCGACCUUUGGGUCAGCUAACCCAGAUAACCCCCUCCCAGACACCAGACUGCAGUACUUCAUGCUGGCCUCCUGUGGCGCAGACAUGCUGGUCAAGUUAUGGGACGUGCAAGUCAGCCCAGGUUACGACAUGAGGUUAAGGGUCAACCUCCAAGGUCAUUCAGCGACAGUGAAUUCCUGUGCCUUCACCCCUGAUGGCAAGAGGCUGGCUUCAGGGUCAGUGGACCGAGCGGCUAUAGUUUGGAACCCGUUAACUGGAGAGAAGCUGUACAUGUUGACUGGUCACCCCAGAUGUGUGACCACAGUGGCCUUCUCCCUGGAUGCCAUGUACCUGGCUACAGGCUGUAUGGACAGGACUGUGAGGAUAUGGAGGCUGGCAGACGGGCCGGCUGUCAUCCCUGUACAAGAUGCAGCCAGCAAGACUGAAAGCCCAACAGAAAUGUUAGUGGAUGUUGACAACGCUGCUGCACCAAUCACGGCACAGAAGACAACAGAACCACCCCAACCAAAGAGAAAACCGCUCUCUGAUUGGUCUGUAGAGCAGGUCUGCGAUUGGUUGAGAGAAAAGGGUUUGGAACAGCACGUACAGACAUUCAGAGAAAAUGAGAUUGACGGAAGUGAACUGAAACAGCUGACCAAUGAGACUCUGUCAAAGGAUCUUGGAAUAGCUGCACUAGGACAGAGGAAUAAGAUCCUGAGAGGAAUAAAGGCCCUGGAAGAGUCGGAGAGCUCCACGUCAUCAGGACAGGCGAACCUGGCGGCGCUCGCCUCAGCUCUGCCUCCUCAACUCAUGCAGAACCUUCCAGCCCUCGUCAGUACGUUUGCCCCCUCCCUGAUGGCCAACAUGGCACAGUCCGAAGGGCCCACGGUUACCACAACACAAGCAGCAGCAGCCGAUGACAAGGUCCCAGACGAGUACCUGUGCCCGAUCUCGCGCGAGAUCAUGGUGGACCCCGUCAUCGCGUCUGACGGCUACACGUACGAGCGCAAGUCGAUCGAGUCGUGGCUCCACAAGGGGAAGAUGACCAGCCCCAUGACCAACGCUCUCCUCCCCAACAUGAACCUCACGCCAAACAGGAUGUUAAAGAUGCUGAUUCAGAGGCACUUUGGUGGUGGGCAGUGAGAGGAUGGACAAUGAUCUACUAGUAAGCCAGUACGUCGGCAGAACGUACUGCACCUGCGCGAGACCUGUAAUGUAUUGUGCAUAGCACUUUGGCAGAACGUCUCCUAUAAGGUUGUAUU